UGUUUGUCCUUAAGUCAGCCGUUAACAUUAAGGAAACACGGUUUGUGUUUUCUAUUGUCUAAUACAUCACAGGCUGGUAAGGGCGAAAAAGGAGACAAGGGGGACCCUGGGUCAAAAGGAGAUAAGGGAGAUAGUGGAGCCGCUUCUUGCAAAUGUCCUUUGCAGGUAACAGAUGUUUUUUGAAACUGUUCGAGGAUCGUACGUGAUACCUUAAUGUGGAACGGUAUUCUAAUUUUUUUUUUCUAGCCUCGAUUACGGGGAAAGUUUCUAUUUCUUGCUUGCGAAGAACUAACAUAUAUAAUCAUGACCUUUUAUUUGAAUGCUUUUAAACUUGAAAGUUUUAUAGCCUGCUUAUCAAAUUUGAAAAUCUCAAUCUGGGGGUUAAUUGGAGUUCUUCAUGUAUCUAAUCACUGCUUUAAAUAUUGUGACCAAAGUAUUUGCAAGAAAAUGUGACCAUUUUGCAGCGUGUAACUUUUAAUCGUUGUUUUUCAUCGCCUCAUAUUAAUUCUCUUGUUUUCAUAGGAUCCAACAAAACCAUCCGCACACCUUGAAGGUGCCAACAAAAGGGAUGUAACCUAUCAAGUAAAUAAAGGUAUAUACAUUUUAUUCUAUGAGAUAGCUGGAUAUCAAGGGGGAAAUGAAUAAGGACUAGUUGACUUUUGUGUAAAGCAGGUUUGUAUACGGUUUAAAACUCUUUGGUCUGACUAUUUGCACAAAGUUUAGCUGUUGUUUAACAAAUUCACGUCCUAAACAAUUCUCAAUUUAGCGGAACCUUUUUUGUAAAUAGCGUCGAGAAGACAAAGAGCAAACAAUGGAAGGACAAUUGUUGCAUUAAUCAAACCUCUUACAGAGAAAGCCUGAAGCCCACGGAUUGCGUAAAACCGUGGUUUGGGUUAGACCUCGAGUAAAUAACGGGCCUUAUCUAUUUCAAGAAUCGUUAGCUUAUAAUCAGUUUUUUAAGUUUAAAAGGGUUUUUCGACGAUAUCAAAACACAGUAAGUGUAACUUGAUAAAUUGUACGGAAUUGCAGUAUCCUCCUAAUACGUCCUACACUGCUCACAAAGGUCAGAUAACUACUGGAGGAUUUGUAUAUUCGGGUCAAUGUUUGAAAAUAGUUAUAGGGAGGGAGAGGGGCAGAGGGCGGACUCAGGAGACUCGUUUCUCAAUUUUGAUAUCGUGCACCUGCGGAUUUUUUGUUUUUGUAACCUAUUGACAUAUUCCGUUUUCGGUUGCAGUGAUAAAGGACUGGACCUUAAGUGCACCGUACAGUCAUCUCGCAGGUGGUAUGAAAUACCGAGAUGGAAAACUCACCGUGCCCAUCUCAGGACGGUACUACAUCUACGAGCAGAUCUACUACCGUGGCCAUAGAGGCAAACCAGUCAGGAUUUCUCUCUUGGUUAAUAACAAAGUGGUCGCCAUGGUACAGCCUCCUCAGACCCUACGAAAAUCUAGUUUCACUUUUUCGACUGGAGGCGUCUUCUACCUGAAGGCUGGUGACGUCAUCACUGUCGCAGCUACAAGUAAUGUAGGGAUUGCCUACAUGUAUACCUACCACAGCUUCUUUGGCGCUUUUUUGAUUUGA